GACUACGAUGAACAGAGGAACGCGAUUUUAAGUCAAGUAUGAGAGAAAGGGAUGCAGCUAGAGAUGAGAUACACAGAUGUGUGUGGCAGCUGCCGGCAUCGCAGGGUAUGUCUCACAGCGGAGCAUUUUCAAACGGCAAUAAAAAUACGGCACGGUAAAUACAUAACACAUGACAAAUCCGGUAGCAGGGUCAUUUACGAUCCUUAUCAGGCAGUGUGUGCCAUACAUAACUGUACCUAUUGUUUCUGCAUAGUGGGCCACAGGGUAGGCUUGUACCCGCUGCAUUUUGAUGUUACCACGGUUACAACAUCCCUGAGCCCCGGGAAGGUUUCAGCUCCAUUCUACUUCAUUAGACUUGUACUGUCUGUGGAGCCUGUCGCCCACGAGAAUGUCCCAUGGCUGUGGGAGAGGGAGAGCUUGGACACCGUUUUGGUGGCUUUGAAAACAAAGUCUUGUUCUUUCCGUCCCCCGCCGCCAUAGAGAGAGGAGCCGCCGCCAUGUCCGCCCAUCUGCAGUGGAUGGUCGUUCGGAACUGCUCCAGUGUCUUGAUCAAGAGGAAUGAGCAGACGACGUACACCAUGGAGCCCAAUAAUCUGAGGGCCCGAAACGCCUUCAGCUACAGUGGGCUUAUUCACCACAAGACCGUCGGAGCGGAGCCCGUGGCUGAUGGCAGAAGGGGUCGUGGUGGUUAUGAAACGCAGAUCCGGUCGGCAAAACCUGCCACUUCCUACGUGAGGACCACCAUCAAAAAAGAAUGCGUGGGCUACAGCGGCAUCAGGCACGUGAUCUGGCAUCAGACACGUGAUCCGGCAUCAGGCACGUGAUUU